ACCAAUAUUACUGCACUUCACCCGCUCUGCCGCCUCUCACUCAGGUAGACGGGACCGGACUGCGGAAAGUCUUCUCUCCAGACCCGAAGUCAUUUUGCAUCCUCCAUCAUGGCUGUGAAUGGCACAGCACACAUACUGAGCUCUGCCUAUCUUGCGGCAGAGUAUGUUGAUGCUGUGCUACCAGAAAACCCCUUCCAACCCUCCCUAAAACAUGCCUGGAACUACAUGCUGGAUAACUACACCAAGUUCCAGAUUGCCACCUGGGGGUCCCUCAUUGUCCAUGAGUUCAUCUACUUCCUGUUCUGCUUGCCUGGUUUCAUCUUCCAGUUCAUGCCUUUCAUGCAGAAAUACAAGAUUCAGCAGGACAAGCCAGAGACCUGGGAGAAACAGUGGAGAUGUUUCAAGAUGCUGCUUUUCAACCAUUUUUGCAUCCAGCUGCCUUUGAUCUGUGGCACAUACUACUUCACUGAAUAUUUCAACAUCCCAUAUGACUGGGACUCUAUGCCACGCUGGCCGUACCUCCUAGUCCAGUGCUUUGGCUGUGCUGUCGUUGAGGACGCAUGGCAUUACUUCCUCCAUCGCCUGCUGCAUCACAGACGCAUCUACAAAUACAUCCACAAAGUCCACCAUGAGUUUACUGCUCCAUUUGGCAUGCAGGCAGAAUACGCUCAUCCUGCUGAGACGAUCAUCCUUGGAGCCGGUUUCUUUAUUGGCAUCAUGAUCUUCUGUAAUCAUGUGUUCUUACUUUGGGCCUGGGUAGCCUUCCGUCUGCUGGAAACCAUCGAUGUCCACAGUGGUUAUGACAUCCCUCUGAACCCGCUCCACUUGAUCCCUUUCUAUGCCGGUGCCCGUUUCCACGACUUCCAUCACAUGAACUUUGUUGGGAACUACGCAUCCACCUUCACCUGGUGGGAUAAGCUGCUGAACACUGACAAUCAGUACAACAAGUACAUGCAGAAACAAGGAGACAAGAAGGAGCAAUAAACUACCUGAGCCUCCUCACAGCCAGAGGGAGGAAAACACAAACAGCACUGCUUUUCUUCUCUGCACACUUACUGCAUUUAGAGUAAAAGUGUGCAAAAAAUGAAUCAGCACUGCUGGACUGCAGUGUGACUUCAGUCCACUCUUUUUGCCUUAAAGAAAAAGUUUGUCUGCUUUUGUCAACAGUGGUUGUUUCAAUAAAACUCAUCAACAUCCUCAUUUUUGCUUUGCUUUUCAUGAAAUGGAAAAAAAAGUAGAAAAAUGCACAUCAUAUUACUUGUGAAAUGCGUCUGUUCACCUCUGAAUGUUUCAGCACUUUAGCACUUCCUCUUGAGAUGGCCUAGCUUGCUGCAGUUGAAGCUGCAGUGAAGUGGAAAUUGUCUAAAUUUGUACCAAAUUCUGAAAUAAGUCAAGUAUGUUUGAAACCAACUAAUGUAAACUUUGGAUAAAAAGGGAAUUGGCUCAUAUGGCCCUCCCAGGCUCUUUUUAUGAUUGUAAGAAAUAAUCAAAUUUAGAGGAAAAAAACACCAUAUUCUGUUUCUUCUGUAUUUAUCAUAUCGAAAUAAAAUAUGUAAAAACUGUAAUUAGAAGUUUGAUUUUACAGCACUUUUCUUUGCAUUUGGUCAGACUGGAUCAAGAUGUGUUCAAAUGAAUUAAAAAGGUAUUUUCUGGUAA